UAUGGUCAUACAGCGCAGCUGGAAGAUUCUAAGCGACGCGGCGAGCACAGCGCACAACAGCAGCGGCAGCGAUGCACAGCAGCGUUCGCCUGGAGCACUGCAGGCCAAUUCCUCGUCGGAUGACUCGGACUGCUCCAAUCAGACGACGCACUCCAUGGACACACGCGCAGCCAGUCCCAUGAAACAAACGGAAACGGAGGCGACGACGGAGAACGGAACGGAGACCGCACUGAAAUUUGUAACCACUUCGGAAAUGGCGGAGACAAUGCUGCAGCGCAUCCGUCAACGUUACAACGGCGUCCACAACAUGGAGAGCGGCGGCAGUGCCGAGUCGGCGAUGCGAGCUCUGGAGCUGUUGCGCAUCAGCGUGCAGCAGGCUUUCGAUGCAGAGGUCAAUGACAUUAUCAAGCGUUAUAUGAACAACUACUUCAAGCCCGCCUUUGGCAACAUCAAAGAGAAUCUAGGACAGCAUGCCGUAAACGAGGAAACGCUCCAGAAGAUGUCCUCCUGUGCCCUGCUGGAGAAUGCCAAGGCGCAGUAUACGAAUUUUGUGUUGCGACAACAACGACCCAUCGGUGCGGCAACAACCACAGUUGUUACGGAACAGCAGCGUCUGGCGUUGAAGCGACCCGCCAAGCCGCUCGACUACAACACCAGCAAAAUGUUCAACAACAGCAUGUGCUAUGCUGUGGCCGCGGGCAAACCCAUGACCUGCGCUGCAAAUGUGCAGCAGCAGCAGCAAUUGCGGCUGCAGCAGCAUCAGCAGCAACAACAACAUCUCCAACAACAACAACAACAACAGCAGCAGCAGCCGCAUUUGUUGCAAUUGCAGCGCACACCGCUUAUAAGUGGUCCAUUGCCCACGCCCGUGCGUCGUCAGAUCUUCUGGAACACCGCACAAAUCUCCACCAGCACCAAAUUUGUGCUGGACGUGCAGGCGAAUCUGGCCUUUGGCUUUAGCAUUGAUGGCAAGGAGCUGGGCGGCGCGCGUUUGGCCAGCAAACAUCCGGAGAUAAUACGUUAUCUACCCGACGCCGAGGAUCGUGAGUGGCUAUCGGCACGUGGCAUUAUACCAGCCGAGAGUCGCAGUUCGCGCUUCUUGUUUCUCAUCUACGACGAGGUCUGCCGGCUGCAGCAAACCCACGAGCUGUACCGGCACAAGACCAACAUUGAUCUCAGCAUGAUGCUCACGUUCAAUGUCACCGAGACCAUGAUACAGAAAAUGAAGCUCUUCUUUGUGGACUUGAACAUCAAGAGUCGCGGCCUGAUCACCAACUCGUUUAUAAUGACCACUAAUCAGCAGCAGCAGCUGCAGCAGAUUCACCAGCAACAGCAGCUGCAGCUACAGCAGCAACAGGCGCAGCAGCAGCAGCAGUUGAUCAGCAACAACAACAGCCAUUUGCGCAAUGCGCUGCUCCAGGGCGUGCCCGCUCAGCCGCAGCAGACGCCAACAGCCACAGUGGAGGAUGCCGCCGCCGCCUCCUCUAAAGAGCUGCCUGCCACAGCCGCAACGCCCUGUUUACAGGGCACCGUCGUGGGCAGCAGCACCACAAAUCCGCUAAAGGCCAAGCUCCUGGCCAGCAGCUCCUCGGCGCUCAGCUCAUCGCAUGCCACGCUCACCGCGCUGCUUAACCAGGGCGGAGUUGCCACCGGCUCGGUGCCAGCCAGCAGCAGCAAAUUUCGCAACUAAUCGCGUGUCAGUUGCAAGUAUAUAAAUGCUCGUAAUAAAUAACAUUUGAGUAGCUUGCGUUCAAGGGUUUAAUUUGUUGUUGUGCCAACUAUUUUCGUCACGCUAUCAUAUCGCAUUAAUUGAAACCAUCGAGCAAUCCAUUGGGGCUUAAAUGUUGUAUUUAGUUAUUAAAAAAAAGGCAGCUACACUUAAUAAAUGUACAGAAUAAAAGUCUCUGCCUAUUCAAUAAAAAACUCAAUAUGCAUAAA